AUGUCGCCCGGCAAGAUACUGAAGUUGGCUGUUAACUCGCUGUUUCAGAUCAACGUCGCCUCAGGGUUUUGCGAGGGCCUGGCUGUGGAAUCAGGUUCCCUGACGGUGUCCAUCACAGACAUGCGUGCUCCAGUGGUGGGGGGCUCCGGGGGGGUCUACGCUCUGUGCUCGGCGCAUCUGGCCAACGUUGUCAUGAACUGGGCAGGGAUGCGGUGUCCAUACAAGCUCCUGCGAAUGAUUCUGGCGUUGGUGUGCAUGAGCUCGGAGGUGGGCCGGGCCGUGUGGCUGCGAUUCUCUCCGCCCCUGCCUUCCUCGGGGCCCCAGCCCAGCUUCAUGGCCCACUUGUCGGGGGCGGUGGUGGGCAUCAGCAUGGGCCUGCUCAUCCUGCGCAGCUACGAGGAGAGCCUGCAGAAGCAGUGCUCCUGGUGGGUUAUCGUCUUCUCCUUCAUCACCUUCCUCCUCUUCGCCAUCUUCUGGAACAUCUUCGCCUACGAGCUGCUGGGGGUGCAGAUCCCGCCCCCUCCCUGAAGAAGGCCGUCCCACUCCAUCCACGUUGCUCC